AUGAUAUUGUCGUUCUGUGUGCUGCUCCAGGUGGGGCGCUACUUUAAGACAGUCGAACGCAACACAACCUUGGUUCAGGAGCUCCGAGCAGGGACCGUCACAUUUCUGACGAUCGCUUACAUCCUUUCGGUCAAUGCUAACAUUCUUUCAGACACUGGCGGACCAUGCACCUCCGAUGACUGCACGAUGACCAUACCUGUUGACCAGGUCUUUUUUGCGCAGGGCCCCGACAAAAGCUUUGCCUGUCGAUUCACAGACCCCGGCUACCAAGCCUGUGUGGAUGCCACUCGGAAGAGCCUGAUCACAGCGACGGCUGCUAGCAGUCUGCUGGGAUGCGUUAUCAUGGGCGUUGCGGCCAACUUGCCCGUGGCGUUGGCACCAGGCAUGGGCCUGAAUGCUUACUUCACCUACAACGUGGUGGGCUACUACGGCACCAAGAGCGUCAGCUAUCAGGAGGCACUCGCGGCCAUCUUCAUCGAGGGCUGGAUCUUUGUCUUCCUGUCGGCCGUUGGCGUGCGCCAGAAAGUCAUCAGCUACCUGCCGCGUACGCUGGCGCUGGCCAUGGCGGCUGGCAUCGGCCUGUUUCUGGCGCACAUCGGGUACCAGGGCUCUCAGGGGAUCGGCCUCGUCGUCGGUGACGGCGCCACGUUAGUCACCCUCGGCGGCUGCUCCACACCCAGCCAGGUGCACCCGUACUACAUAGCAGACACAACGGGUGUGUGUACCCCCGAGGGAAAUGCGCCGCUGCCUAAUCUGCCCCCGGCAGGCGCUAACUACGAGUGCCCCACCUGGAAACUCAACAGCGGGCCCAUCUGGAUGGGCCUCGGCGGACUUGCAAUAAUGAGCAUCCUCAUGUCCCGUAACUUCAAGGGCGCCAUCAUUGCUGGCAUUGCAAUCACAACCAUCAUUUCCUGGAUCCCCGGUCACGCCGCUUCAUACCUCGGCUCCAAUUCCCCCAUCCUCGGUGGCAUAGGAGGAGAUGGUGAGUCCAGGUGGCAGUAUUUCAAAAACGUGGUGGCGGUUCCCAGCAUCAAGCAAACAGGAGGCGCCCUGAGCUUCAGUAAUUUCAAGAGCGGAGACCUGUGGCUGGCGCUCAUCACUUUCCUGUAUGUGGAUUUCUUCGAUGCCACUGGGACGCUCUUCUCCAUGGCAAACUUCAUUAACAACUUCAUCCCAGGCUUUGUGGAUCCCAAGACCAACAAUUUCCCAGGGAGCACGCUGGCAUACUGCAGCGAUGGCAUCUCCAUAGUAAUUGGAUCAGUCAUGGGCACAUCUCCUGUCACCGUCUUUGUGGAGUCGGCGACUGGCAUCCGGGAGGGAGGCAGAACUGGGUUGACAUCGAUCAUGGUCGCCUUCUGGAUGUUUGUGGCCCUCUGGUUCACUCCCAUCAUUGCCAGCAUUCCCACCUACUGUACAGGCCCGGCGCUGAUCCUGACGGGGGCCCUGAUGAUGAUCAAUGUGGUCAAGAUCGACUGGAACGACAUCAACAAGGCCGUGCCGGCCUUCCUCACCAUCUCCAUCAUGCCCCUUACCUACUCCAUCUCCUACGGCGUGAUUGGCGGUGUGGUGUCGUUCAUCCUGCUGCAUGCAAUCAAAUGGGCCUGUGACAAAUUGAGCGAACGCACCAACGGCGCCUUCGGCUACUGCUCGCCGCCGGCCUCACCGGAGGGAACGGCGCACGACGGCGUGGCCGAUGACGAAUUCGGCGUCAGCAACAAGCCGUCCGCCAAGGGCGAUGCCUCCGUCUCCAACGGAGAGGCUGCGGCGCCGGAUGCAGCUGAAAAGGCAAACCCAGUGCUACCCAUGUCCAAAGCAGGGCAGUCCAUUGUGUAGCUGCCUGUGGCAGCUAAGUAAUUGCAUGCAAACACAAAUGUGGCGGAUUCUUAUUCGUUUAUUGCUUUUGUCGCAUGAUGAUUCCACCGCUUGGCUGGCUGAGAGCUGAAGACACUUUUCACCAGCAGCACAGGCUUGUUAUUCUUUGACUUCACAAGGGGCACAUCAUUACAUGUCCCCUUGUUGUCUGUUUGAUGAAACAUAUGACCGUUGUAUGAUGAGAUCAACAGGCUGUGGGUCUGGGGUGUAUCAGAGGGUGUUCUUGUCAUUCAUUGCUGAGCAUGUGAAGGAAUUACAAAGCCUGAAAGGAGUUCUUUCGCUAGCAAAGAAUGUAUAUUCCGCAUACUUGCGCAUUGUGUGACUCUCAUGGUUUGAUGAAUCAUGAUAGUGCCAGUGUCGGUAGAAAGGGCCAUUGCCCGAGAAGCCACAAGCUGUGUCUGUCGAGUUUAUCAUCUCACUGUAAUGGAUACAAUUGUGAUCCC